AUGCCAAUUGUCCCGCCAGCGCCAGGUCCUUUGCUCGGAAAUACCGUCAACACGGUCAUAAGUCCAUUCUAUACACUCUUUUCCGCAAAUGCCACAUACUGCUUCACCACUCGCACAAACGUGAGAAAUCACAGGACCGAAACCGAGACUUUGAAAGGCAACUUGCUUCGUGUCCAACACAGAAUUACAGAUGGCGAAAGGAAUGGCUUGAUACCAACGGAAGAAGCAGAGGAUUGGGUGCAAAGGGCGGAGCAAGCCAUAUCUGAAGAAGUGGCAAACCGCGAGUCUUUUGAUCAGAGGUGCAGAAUUUUUGGGUGCUCCCUGAAUUGCUGGGGAAACUAUAAAACCAGCAAGAAAGCGGCUGAGAAGGUGGAUGCCGUCAGAAAAUAUAUCAGUAGCACACCUCAACCCGAUUAUAUCACACGAGUACCACCUCCACCUCCUGUCGUAGAGUUGUCCACCCACUCUGUUCAACUUCUGCCAAGCAGAGAGGAUACUCUCAAGAAUGCUCUCAAGUGCAUUAAGGCAGUGGGGGUAAUUGGAAUAUGGGGUCCAGAUAGAGAUGAAAAAACACAUCUUCUCAAGAAGAUCAACGAUUCAUUUCUUGGGGAAUGCCCCUUUGAUUUUGUUAUCUUUGUUACAGCCUCCAGCGAGCUGUCGGUACAAGCUCAAAUCGUAAGCAGGCUCCGUACAGACACGGUUCCAGAUGUGGCAACUCAAGCUACUAGGAUAUCUGAACUGCUCAAGAAAAAAAGUUUUCUGCUGUUGGUGGAUGACCUUCGUGUGCAGCUAGACCUUCAAGCAGCUGGCAUUCCAUAUCCUCUUGGAGAUGUGCAAGUUGUGGAAGCCGGGCAAGUUUCUCGCCAGGUGAAGAGGAAAGUGGUAGUCACAUCAAUAUCACAAUCCAUAUGUCAUCUGAUGGAUGUAGAAAGGGAUAUACAUGUGCCUGAUUUGGGAGAGGAUGAAGCACGCCAGCUAUUUGCAAAAGAACUUGGUGCACAGGAUAUUUAUUCUGAUCGCGGCAUCCAGGCCCUUGCAAAGCAACUCGUAAGAGAACUAAAAGGCUUGCCAUCAGAUUUGAUACGUUAUGGGAAGGUAAUGCAAGGAAUAAGAGACGUAAGGCGGUGGGAAGAUGCAAUUGAUGCCCUCAGGAAAGCAAACCUUCAGAGGGAUGACCCAUUAAAUUUGGCGGAAAAGAUUGUGAGAAAUCUCGAGAAUGGAACCAAAGACCUAGAUGCCAAGGGGAAUGAUGUCCGUCGGGAGAUCGUGGAUGUUGAGCGACAACAAAGAACACCAACGAAUGAAGUGGACAGAUGGCUGCAAAAAGUCGAUAACAUCAUUCGUGAUGUACAAGUGAUCUCUCACGACUGCAGGCAGUUGAAGAAGGAUGUUACCAUGGAGGCAUCUGAGAAGCUUCGUGAGGUUCAACAAUGUCUCAGUAGUUGUCCCAGUACUGUUGCAAUUGAGUCAAUGCCACCUCCUGUCCAAGAGAUGCCUGGUCCAUCUAUGUCAAUUAAGAACAGUAACCUGCAAGAUGCUCUCCGGUACAUUAAGGAUGAUCCCAAAGUGGGAAUGAUUGGAAUUUGGGGUCCAGGUGGAGUGGGGAAAACACGUCUUCUCAACAAUAUUAAUAACUCAUUUGGGGAUGGUAUGACCUUUGAUUUUGCUAUCUUUGUAACUGCCUCCAGAGGGUGCUCAGUGGAAAAGGUCCAGUCACAAAUCAUAGAAAGGCUCAAACUGCCAAGUAGUGGUUCUAAAAGUCGUACCAUAUAUGAGUACAUGAAGACGAAAAGCUUUCUUGUACUAUUGGAUGACCUAUGGGAUGGAAUUAAUCUAGAAGAUGUUGGAAUACCAUAUCCCCUUGGAAAUGUAAACAAACUCAAUAGAAAAGUGGUGCUAACAACAAGAUUAAGAAAAGUUUGUGGCCAAAUGAAGGUGAAGAAAGAGUUAAAAGUCGCAUAUCUGCAGGAGCAUGAGGCGUGGCAGCUAUUUAAAGAAAACAUUGGUGCCGAAACUCUUUCUAGUCCCCAUAUUAAAGCUCUUGCUAGAAAACUUAUGAAGGAACUGAAAGGCUUGCCAUUAGCUUUGAUAACUAUUGGAAAGGCAAUGUAUCGGAAAGAUGAGUAUCAAUGGGAAACUGCCAUCCAAUAUAUGCAGCAAUCAUGCUGUGCUGAUGACAAAGACCCAGUAGAACUGGGUAUGGAAACUAAUGUUUUCAGUAAGCUGAAGUUUAGUUAUGACAAUUUAAGGAACGACACCUUGAGACGUUGUUUUUUGACUUGUGCAUUGUGGCCAGAGGAUGAGAAGAUUCGCAAAGUUGACCUUGCUCAAUGUUGGAUGGGGUUAGGUCUAGUGAAUGAGCAUGACAUAGAAUCUUCCUUCAGAAAAUCAUAUAGUUUGAUAGCUGACCUUACAGCUGCAUGUUUGCUAGAGGUCAGGGAAGAUGAUGACAUAGAAUCUUCCUUCAGAAAAUCAUAUGGUUUUGUUAAAGUGCAUGAUGUGAUUCGUGAUAUGGCUUUAUGGAUAUCUUGUGACUAUGGUGAGAACAAUGACAAAUGGAUUGUGGCUGCACCAGGUGGCAGAGACAAAAAAGUUAUUAUCCUUUCGAACAAAGCUGAGUGCAUCUCCUUGAUGUUCAAUAGAAUUCCUAUCAGGUUUAAUCUUGAUCCCAUAAAACUGAGGAUCUUAUGCCUUCGGAACAAUGAAUUGGAUGAAAGCAUAAUUGUUGAAGCAAUUAAGAAUUGCAGUUCACUGACAUAUCUGGAUUUGAGCGAAAACAACCUCAACAGGAUACCGGAAGAAUUAUGUUCCUUGCUAAAGUUGGAACACCUUGAUUUGUCAGAAAAUCAAUUUGGGGAAACUGAAGUGCCUCACUCCUUUGGAAAGCUCAUCAACCUCAAGUUCUUGUACCUAACGUCGAGUGAUUGCGUGAGAAUACCAAUUGGGGUCAUGUGUAGCCUUAAAGCAUUGCUGGUGAUAGACUUGAGGAGUCGCAUAACAGAACCUACCCGUUCCCUACCUGAGUGGAUAUUCCGAGAGUUGGGCACCCUACCUCAGUUGAAAGCACUUGGUAUUCUGGUCCGGGAUUUAGCUCAGUUCAAGUCACUACGAAAAGAAGCGGCUAACCUCCCUGUUAGAUAUUUGACUAUGCAGGACGUAGGUUCAUUCACUGAUAUUCUAUCAACUGACUUUGCACAAAGGACCUUGUAUGAACUGUAUAUCACAGAAGACUGCAAAACUCAAGAAAUAACAGUAAGUUAUGAUACGGAAGAACCAAACAACCAUUUUGGUGCUCUCAACAAUCUCCGCUUAUCUUCUAUGAAAUCCUUGAGAAAGAUAAAGUGGAUGGGAGCAACUCCGGCCUUUAUAUUCCCAAGGCUCACUUGUUUGGAAUUGUUUUUCUGCCAACGUCUAUUGCACCUCUCUUGGGUUAUGUAUUUGCCUUGCCUUGAGCAACUUUAUAUAGGUUGCUGUGAUGGCAUGGUGCAAGCAUUUAUGAGGUGCCAUGGUGACAAAUUGUGCAAUGGACAGGACAAGACAAAAACAUUUCCUUGCCUCAAGCUUCUCGGUCUUACUGGUAACUUCUCGUUGGAAACUAUUGGGGAUGACGGUAUGGAAUUCCCAUCCCUAGAGCGGCUUGUGAUUCUAGGUAAUCCAUUGAAGAGGCUUCCUUUCCAGCUGGACAGUUUGCCACUAAAGCUGAAGGAGCUACUGUUUGAUGAUGCUCAACUCUGGGAGAGAUUGGAAUGCGAAGAAGGUGUCAAAAGUUUCCUGCAACCCGCACUUAAAUUUGGCAGAUAA